AUAGCUUGUGGGAAAUUAACAACCAGAAACAACAAUGCCCGAUGAAGUGUCCGGCUAUCGCCUGUCUCUGGCCGCCUUCACCUCCUUCGCACCGCAUCACUGCGGUCACUGUUCUUUUCCACCACCCGCCGUCCCUCUUCACCGGCGGAUCCGAAGGCUCCAUUGUCCGCUGGACCCUAUCCGGUGACGAUGUCCGCCCCCUCGCCUUCCUCUGUGGUCACGCCGCUGAGAUCGUGGGUCUCUCCUCCUGCUUCCCCUCCGCUGUUGUUCCACCCGCAUCAAACUCUAUGCCUUCGACGCUCUACCCUCCCGCGCUGCUCAGCGCAUGCGCGGACGGCGUGCUUUGCGUCUGGAGCGCCGGAAGCUUUUGCUGCCGUCGGCGUCGGAAGCUUCCGCCAUGGGCGGGAAGUCCGUCUCAUUUGGUUGCACUUCCUUCUGCACCGCGCUACGUUUGCAUCGCGUGCAGCUCAGGCGAAGCUUCGAAGAGUUCCGUGCUGAUCGUGGACUCCAAAACGCUGAUUGUGGUGCAGACCGUCUUUCAUGGGAGCAUGAGCAUUGGUUGUGUGAAAUCCAUUGUUUUCAUUCCUUCGAUGAACGAACUGGAGAAGGGUAUCUUUCUAUUUGAUGGGCAUGGGAAAUCUCAGUUCUUGGCACUGCCUAAAGAGUCUUUUCAUGAAGGUGAAGGAUCAACAAGUGCUAUGAAUCAAGGCUCUUCGUCGGAUUCGCUCACAUCCAUAUGGUUUGAGAGUGGCCUUGACAAUGAUGUUCCUGUUGUGGCUGUAGCUCAAAAUGGUAACCUCUUGUCUUUCAUUUUCGAAUUUCGCUGCGAAUUUAGGUCUAUGUUAAAUGGCAAGAUCAUGGGCGAGAUUUCGUUACUGGAUUCUAAACUCGGCAGUGAAGAUUCUUCCGCGGAAUUGAAUCUUAGCGGAGGAAUGUUUCUUCAUCGUAAUGCCGAUGCCACUGCCAGUGUAUCAAAAACCCAUGCCUCUGAUUCUUCCGCGGAAUUAAAUCUUAGCGGAGGAAUGUUUCUUCAUCGUGAUGCCGAUGCCAGUGCCAGUGUAUCAAAAACCCAUGCCUCUCAGGAGGAUUUUCCAAGAAGUUUUUGUUUUGCCCUUUGCUAUACUAAUGGGUCCGCCAGGUUUGGGUAUUUAGCUAAAAAGAGUGUAGAAAAUGGCCAUAGUUUGAAAGAUCGUAUCGUUUCUUCCUCACUGGUUCUUUCAGAUGAUUUUUACUCUCAACACGCCAUUGUUUAUGGCUUCUAUAGUGGUGAAAUUGAAGUUGCAUGGCUGCUGAGUCCAUCUCUAAAAGAGAAUUCUACGGAAGAAGAUUCGUUGAUCCAUUCUAAUCUGCAUCCAACUGAAUGGUUGUUUUCAGGACACAGAGGUGCUGUGCUUUGCUUGGCAGCUCAUCAUAUGUCUGCAAGCUCAAGCAACCUUAGUCUUCACAGGGUACUAAUGUCAGGAAGCAUGGACUGCACAGUUUGUAUAUGGAAUCUUGAUUCUGGAACUCUUCUUUGGGUAAUGCAUCAUCAUAUAGCUCCAGUCAAGCAAAUCAUACUACCACCACCCUGGACCAACCGACCAUGGAAUGACUGUUUCCUCUCUAUUGGUGAAGAUGGUUGUGUGGCCCUUGUUUCCAUUGAGACAUUACGUGUUGAGAGGAUGUUCCCUGGUCAUCCUAGUUAUCCAUCUGUGGUUGCUUGGGACAGCAGAAGAGGAUACUUGGCAUGUCUUUGCAGAAAUAGGUCUGUCAAAUCUGACUCUGUUGGUGUUUUAUACUUGUGGGAUGUUAAAACAGGUGCUCAAGACAGGAUUAUCCGUGGAUCUGCUUCUCAUUCAAUGUUAGAUCAUUUUUGUAAGGGUAUCAACACAAACUUUAUGAAUGGAAGUACAAUGGGAAGCACAACUUCAGCAUCAACAUUGCUUCUUCCCAUUAGUGAUGAUUCCGGCUUCUUUCAAUCUGGAGCAAUGAGAACUGAUGCAGACAAAGUUGCAGUUUCUGCGGUUAAAAAACUGCAGUCUGAUAGGAAAAUUACAGACAUUCCACAGUCAUAUAAUAAUAGCGAUAAAGGAAAGCUACCUUCCAAGAACAUGAUUCAUGAUGCCAAUUCAGAUUCACCUAUAAACAGCUCAGCAAAGCAAGUUACUUUCCACCAUGUUUGCGAAAACAAGAGACAUCCUAUUAUAAGCUCUUGCCCAUUUCCUGGCAUUGCUGUGCUGGAAUUCGACCUCUCCUCUUUAGUUUCCCCGCACUAUGUUCAAAAUAGUGUUGAACAAGCAGGUUCUCAUUCUUCUGAUAUUGCAAAAGAGCAAUCUUUGAAAGAUGGACCUCCAGAGGAUAGUGCUGUUGUUCAAAGGGAUAGAAGUGAAGGAUAUUUGCUUCGGUUCAGCCUAUGUUUUCUUCACCUGUGGGAUGUCGAUCUAGAAUUAGACGAGCUUUUGAAGAAGGAAAUGGAUAUAUGCAAACCAGAUGGAUUUGAAAUGGCUACUGGAAUACUGGGGGAUAGAGGUUCAAUGACUUUAAUGUUCCCUGGUCUUUGUGCUAGUCAAGAGCUUUGGAAGUCCUCAGCCAUAUAUUGUGCUAUGAGGUCUCUUAUAAUUGUUUCACUCGCGCAACGUAUGAUUGGCUUAUAUCAUUCGACUACAGUUGCAGGCAGUUCCUUGGCGGCAUUCUAUACUAGAAAUUUUGCUGAGACGGUUCAAGACAUAAAGCCUCCUUUACUCCAGUUGUUGGUUAGUUUUUGGCAAGACCCUAGUGAACAUGUGCGCAUGGCUGCACGCACUUUGUUCCAUUGUGCAGCACCGCGAGCUAUUCCACAUCCUCUUUUUGUCCAGAAUGAUAAAAUAUCAGCAAAUGGUGACACAAGAAUAGAGAACUCUAUACAGACCAACAAUACUGAUUGCGAAAUUGUUUCAUGGCUCGAGUCUUUUGAAAUUCAUGAGUGGGUUUCUUGUAUUGGUGGAACUAGCCAGGAUGCCAUGGCUGCCCAAAUUGUUGUUGCGGCAGCAUUGGUGGUUUGGUACCCAAAUAGAGUGAAGGAAAAUCUUGCAGCGCUUGUUGCUGACAGAUUGGUUAAGUUAGUUAUGUCUAUGAAUGACCGAUUCAGUUCUACUGCAGCUGAGCUGCUGGCUGAAGGUAUGGAAAGCUCCUGGAAGUCGUGCUUGGGACCUGAAAUACCACGUCUUGUUGUUGAUAUAUUUUUUCAAAUAGAGUGUCUUUCUGGCACACUGGCUAAUAGUGGGAAACAUAAUCCAUCCAUGGCUGCCAAUAUUCUGGAGGCUUUGGUAGGGAUUCUCUUGCCAAGUUUAGCAAUGGCUGAUAUAGCUGGUUUUCUGAAUGUUAUAGAGGACCAAAUCUGGUCUACUUCAUCAGAUUCACCCGUCCAUCUUGUAUCACUAAAAAUUCUCGUCAGGAUAGUACGCAGCUCGCCAAAACUCUUGGCUUUAUAUCUUGAAAAGGUCGUGAACUAUGUGCUACAAACUAUGGAUCCCAGUAAUGUUGUUAUGCGUAAAGCUUGCCUUAAAAGCUCCAUACUUGCUCUAAAGGAAAUUGCACGUGUACUUCCAAUGGUUGCUCUUAAUGAUUCAUCAACACGAUUAGCCAGUGGGGAUGCUAUUGGUGACAUUCGUAAUGUAACCAUUCGUGUCUAUGAUUUGGAGAGUGUAACAAAAAUAAAGAUUUUGGAUGCAAGUGCUCCCCUUGGCCUUCCAAGUUUACUUGAAGGAACAUCAAACACAGGGAUGACUACCGCCAUAUCAGCAUUAAUAUUUUCCCCAGAUGAAGAGGGGCUAGUUGCUUUCUCUGAGAACGGCUUAUUGCUGAGGUGGUGGUCACUCGGAACUCCCUGGUGGGAGAAGCUAAGCAGAAACUUGCCUCUCGUUCAGUGCACCAAAUUAAUCUUUGUUCCUCCAUGGGAAGGCUUUUCUCCGAAUACUUCUAGGUCAAGUAUAAUGGCAAACAUAGUCAGCGCUGAUAGACUGGCUAACUCUGAGGAAAAAUCAGAGGAAUUGGAUGAAGCAGACAGGAUAAGGCUUCUGCUUCAUAAUCUCGAUCUCUCGUAUCGGCUUCAAUGGGUUGGCGGUCGAACCGUCUUACUUACUCGGCACGGUCAGGAGUUGGGUACCUUCCCAUUGUGAUCUUAAUUGAAAAACCUUUUGUCGCCUUCCUCUUUUGAAUGUAUAGAAGCUGGAGGUAUGGCUUUACUUUUCUGUAUAUGAUUUGGGCUAUAGACAGCAUUCACAACUUAUAAAUGAAAUUAUA